UCCAAACCGACCAUCGAACAUGGUAGAAUUUGUUCAAAAAUCUAAUGAUAGACUCGAAACUUUGUGUUGUACAUGACAUAUCCACGUGGAAAAUUUUACAAAGAUGAGACUUUACAAAUCGAAAAGACAAGUGUACAAGAAUUGUCCAUGUCAGAAACCAAAAAAAAUUGCAACUUUAUUUCACGUUCACAUUUUCUGUUUCACAGCUCCAAAACACGCAUAUAUAUAGCUUCGUGUUGCACAAGUACGACAUAUGAAAGUUGGCACACAUGGAGAAACAGAGUAUCAGAAACAUUUGUUCUUCUUCUUCUUCUUUAAUGUCUUCUUCUUCUUGGGUUCGUGGUGCGUGUAUCGGAAGAGGUUGUUUCGGUGCAGUUAGUACGGCGAUCAGCAAAACCAACGGUGAAGUUUUUGCCGUGAAAUCCGUGGAUCUCACCACGUGUCUCCCCACCCAAUCAGAGUCUCUCGAGAACGAAAUCUCUGUCCUCUGUUCGCUCAAGCCUCACCCUUACAUCGUGAAGUUUCUCGGCGACGGAGUCUCGAAAGAAGGAACGACGACGUUUAGGAAUAUCUACUUAGAGUAUCUACCAGAAGGUGACGUGGCUAAUUACACUGCUGGAGGAAUUAACGACGAGACUCUGCUCCAGCGUUACACGGCGUGUCUUGUCUCUGCUCUCCACCACGUCCACUCUCAUGGAUUCGUUCACUGCGACGUCAAGGCGAGAAACGUCCUCGUCAGCCAAAGCUCCAUGAUCAAGCUAGCCGAUUUCGGGUCGGCGUUCAGAAUCCAUACACCAACAGCACAGAUCACGCCACGUGGAAGCCCGCUUUGGAUGGCUCCGGAGGUGAUCAGACGAGAGUACCAAGGUCCGGAGAGCGACGUCUGGUCUCUCGGCUGCACGAUAAUCGAGAUUUUUACUGGGAAACCCGCUUGGGAAGACCAUGGGAUUAUCGACUCGCUGAGUCGAAUCGGUUUCUCCGACGAGUUACCAGUUUUCCCCUCGAAGCUGUCGGAAAUCGGCCGUGACUUCCUAGAAAAGUGUCUAAAGAGAGACCCGAAUCAGAGGUGGAGUUGCGAUCAGCUUUUGCAGCAUCCUUUUCUGUCUCAGUGUCACAACUCGUCUCCGGCUGAGUCAUCCCCGCGUUGCGUACUUGACUGGGUCAACUCUGGGUUUGACUUAGAAGAAGAAGAGGAGGAAGUAGGAAGAUCAGAAUUCGAAGACGCGGCGAUGGCAAGAAUUUGUAAUUUGGCGACGACCGGAGGGGCAAUUUGGGAAUCAGAUUGUUGGGUGGAAGUCAGAUGCCACUCUUCGGAAGAGGAAGGGACAAGAAUGGAAUAUUCGGAAUCCACAAGGGUAGUAUCGGCAUAUAACACAUCAUCGGAUCCGUACGAUGACGUGCCGAUAAUUGACGUUUAUGUGUCUCCGCCGGGAAACGGGGGAUCGGCGGCGGCACUGCUUCCAUAUGAAUUAGUGAUGCUUUUACAUUUAUUAAUGGAAAUUACGGUUUAUACUACAUGUGUCUUUAGCAAAAUUGUCCUCAUUAUGAAUUGUUGUUAUCAGUAUCAUCGUGAUAAUAAUAACAUUAAACUCGAAACGUUGUCUUUUAAUCACAGCCUCAAGUUUUGUUUGUUUGCACAUCCGACAAAACUAUCUUUUACGCGGUAAGAUGAGAUC